AUGAAGGUUUUUGUGGAGUUCAUCAAAGACAACAAAUUGAUUGAUGUUCAAUGCAAAGGUAAAACUUUUAGUUGGUUCAGUGGCGACGGGAAGGCUAUGAGCAGAUUAGAUAGGUUUCUAAUAUCUGAUUCUGUUAUCUCCAGGUACGACUUGGAAAUUGAAGAGGGCAUCUCUGGUAUCAACGAAGCUAACUUUUUAUUGGCAAGCUGUAAGGAAAAUCUAGUACCAGAGGUGGUGGCGAGAAGAAGCGAGGCCACCAGUCGUAUGUGGAAAUUUAUGAAAAUUAAAGAGAACAUUUUGCUGCAGAAGUCGCGGGUGCGGUGGGAUUCUGAAGGUGAUCUUAACAGCCAUUACUUUCAUAGUUGUUUGAAGGAGAGGAGGAGAAGGAAUUUCAUUGACGGUGCUGUCUCUGAGUCGGGUACGCCAGAGUCAGUGGAGAAGGUUAAGGAGAGGGUUAGAGGUUACUUUGCGGAGAAGUUUGUAGAAAAGGUUAGGGAGAGACCUGGUUUUGCUGUAGGGACCUUUAAAGUUAUGUCUCGGGAGGACUCGAGGAUGCUGGAAAGCCCUUUUACAGAGGACGAAAUCAAAGGAGCGGUUUGGGGUUGUGAAGGGAAGCGGUGUCUGGGUCCGGACGGAUACACUUUUACAUUCAUUAGGAAGUGUUGGGGUUUCAUGAAGGAGGAUUUUUACAAGUUCUUUCAUGAUUUUCAUAGUAGUGCGAGAUUAUCAGAAGCCAUAGUGUCUUCCUUUAUCACUUUGAUUCCGAAGAAGGAUAUUCCGUUGGGACUUCAAGAUUACAGGCAUAUUUGUCUCGUGGGCUGCUUGUACAAAGCUUUGGCAAAGUUACUUGCUUCUAGAUUGAAGAAGGUUUUGGGCGAUAUCAUCUCGAGUAGCCAAAGCGCUUUCAUACCAGGAAGAAACUUACUAGACAGAGUCUUGGUUGCCAACGAGGCGGUGGACUAUGCUAAGAAGGCGAAUAAAAGUUUCUUGUUGUUUAAGGUUGAUUUGGAGAAAGCGUACGAUAACGAUUGUUGGGACUACCUUCGGUAUAUUGUGUCUGGUAUGAACGCGUCAAUUAUAGGUGAUUACAAAGGCUUUUUGGUGGGAAAGGAUUGUGUUGUCAAUCUGCUGCAGUAUGUGGAUGACACGUUACUGCUGGGCCAGGGCAAUUGGAGACAGGUUUGGGCGUUUAAAGCAGUGCUUAGGGGCUUUGAAGUAACGUCGGGGCUGGGGGUAAAUUUCCAUAAGAGCAGGUUGAUCGGGAUCAAUUUGAGUGAACAUUUCAUCGGAGCAGCAGCGAACUUCUUGACUUGUAAGAUAGAAAAGAGUUCUUUUAGCUUUUUGGGUUUGCCCAUUGGGUGCAAUCCAAGGAGGAUCGAUACUUGGAAACCGUUGAUUGGGAAGCUGAAGGCUCGUCUAGACAAUUGGAAAAGUAGGUUCCUUAGCUUCGGAGGGAGAAUAACUUUAAUUAAAUCGAUUCUAUCUUCUUUGUUCAUUUUCCUUCUUUCAUUCUACAAAGCGCCGGUGUCGAUCUAUAAAGAAAUAAGAAGGAUUCAAGCAAAUUUUCUUUGGGGUGAUAAAGUUUCCAAGAAGAAAAUCCAUUGGGUCGGAUGGGAUAAAGUUUGCACUCCUUUGGAUAGAGGAGGUUUGGGAGUGAGGAAAAUCGAAGAGUUUAACGAUGCACUCUUGCUUAAAUGGAAGUGGAGGAUAAUUCAAGGGGGUCACUCUCUUUAG